AUGGGGUUAUUCAGAGGUUUUGUCUUUUUCUUGGUCCUGUAUCUGCUGCAAGGAUCCAAUACUUCCUUUGUUCGAGUGAGUGACAAUGGCUAUGAAAAUGUCAUCAUUGCUAUAGAUCCAAAUGUGACAGAAAAUGCAACAUUAAUUGAAAAAAUAAAGGAAAUGGUGACUGAAGCUUCCACUUACCUGUUUGAAGCCACAGAAAAAAGACUAUUUUUCAAAAACAUAUCAAUAUUAAUUCCUGAGAAGUGGAAAGCAGACCCUCGGUACAAGAGGCCAAAACAUGAAAGCUACGCACAUGCUGAUGUUAAAGUUGCACCACCAACCGUCCCAGGUAGAGAUGAACCAUACACCAAGCAGUUCACAGGCUGUGGAGAAAAAGCAGAAUUCAUUCAUUUGACACCUGACUUUAUCCUUGGAAAAAAACAAAAUGAAUAUGGACCAGCAGGCAGGCUGCUGGUCCAUGAGUGGGCUCAUCUCCGCUGGGGAGUGUUUGAUGAGUACAAUGAAGAGAAACCUUUCUAUGCUGCUAAGUCAAAAAAAAUCGAAGCAACAAGGUGUUCCACAGGUAUCACUGGUCGCAACAGACAGCUUCACUGUCAAGGAGGUAGUUGUACAGAUAGUCCAUGCAAAAUUGACUCAACAACAAAUCUGUACGAAAAAGGUUGUCAAUUCUUCCCUGAUCAAGAUCAAAUUGAAACAGCAUCAAUAAUGUUUAUGCAAGCUAUUGACUCAGUCACUGCAUUCUGUACUAAAAAGAAACACAACCGAGAAGCUCCUACCCUACAAAACAAAAUGUGCAAUGCUAGAAGCACAUGGGAGGUGAUCAGCGCUUCUGAGGAUUUUCAAAACACAACGCCUAUAGUUGCACCACCCCCUUCACCUUUCUUCUCACUGUUGAGGAUCAGUGAAAGAGUUGUGUGCUUGGUUCUUGAUAAGUCCGGAAGCAUGGGGAAUUAUGACCGCCUAAAUCGAAUGAAUCAAGCUGCAAAACAUUUCCUGAUGGAGAUCAUUGAAAGUGAGUCCUUCGUGGGAAUGGUGCACUUUGAUAGUUCUGCUAUCGUCAAAAGUGAACUACUCCAAAUAAAAAGUGACAAUGAAAGAAACACACUCAUGGGGAAAUUACCUACAGCAGCUGGUGGAGGAACUUCCAUCUGCUCUGGAACUGAAUCAGCAUUUGAGGUAAUUCGCAAACAGUACCCACUAGAUGGAUCUGAAAUAGUGCUGCUGACUGAUGGGGAGGAUUCCACUGCAGGGAAUUGUGUUGACAAAGUGGUAGAAAGUGGGGCCAUUGUUCAUUUGAUUGCUUUGGGACCUUCUGCUGAUAAGGGAGUCACAGAGAUGAGCAAACUAACAGGUGGAGUACAUAUAUUGGCCUCAGAUAAUGUCCUCAACAAUGGUCUCAUUGAUGCUUUCUCAGCCCUUACAUCAGCAAACGCAGAUGUCUCCCAGCAGCCUCUUCAGCUUGAAAGUAAGGGAUCAAAACUCAACAAUAAUGACUGGAUGAAUGACACUGUAAUAAUUGACAAUACAGUGGGAAAGGACACAUCUUUUCUCAUCACCUGGGCACGAAAUUCUCCUGCUAUUUUUCUCUGGGAUCCCAAUGGAACACCAUCAAAUCAAUUCACAAUGGACCCAGCUUCCAAAAUGGCCUACCUUCGUAUUCCAGGAACUACAACAACUGGAGUUUGGACUUACAGUCUUCAAGCCACAUCAAACAAUGAAAUAUUAACUAUUACCGUGAAUUCUCGGCCAGCAAAUCCCUCUGUGCCUCCAAUCACAGUGAAUGCUAAAAUGAAUACAGAAGCAAACAGUUACCCCAACCCAAUGAUUGUUUAUGCAGAAGUUACACAAGGGUAUACACCCGUUCUUGGAGCCAAUGUGACUGCUUUCAUUGAAUCACAGAAUGGACAUACAGAAACAUUGCAGCUUUUGGACAAUGGUGCAGGUGCUGAUGCUUUCAAGAAUGAUGGGGUCUACUCCAAAUAUUUUACAUCUUAUUCACAAAAUGGCAGAUAUAACUUAAAAGUACGUGCUCACGGAGGUACAAGUGCCACACGAAGAAGCUUCAGACAUCCCUCAAACAGAGCUGCAUUUAUCCCAGGCUGGGUGGUUAAUGGGAAAAUUGAAGCGAACCCACCGCAACCUGAAACUGAAAAUGAUACUCAGACAACCUUGGAGAGUUUCAGCAGAACAACAACUGGAGGUGCAUUUGUGGUUAACAAUAUAACCACAACACCAGGUGCUCCCUUACCUGACCUGUAUCCCCCAAAUCAAAUCACAGACCUUGAGGCUACACGUGAUGAGGAUGAGAUCAGUCUAACAUGGACGGCACCUGGAGAUGACUUUGAUAUUGGAAACGUUAAACAGUACAUCAUAAGGAUUAGUGGAAAUAUCCUUGAUCUACAAGACAAUUUUGAUGAUGCUCUGCAAGUAAACACCAAUAAUCUGGUACCAAAGGAAGCCAACUCCAAGGAAACCUUUACAUUUAAACAAGGAAAUACAACCGGAGAAAACACAACCCACGUAUUCAUUGCCAUCCAAAGUGUGGAUAAAAGCAACUUGACAUCAAAAGUAUCCAACAUUGCACAAGUAGCCUUGUUCAUUCCUACAGCAGACACCAGUCCUGAUGAAAGUAAUCCUAAUCCAGGUCCGAAUCCUGAUGGAAGUCACCCUAAUUCAGGAAUUAGCAUUUCUUCUUUGGUGUUGAUAGUGGUUGGAUCUGUGGCAGCUGUUUGUAUCAUUAUAAGUAGCACCGUUUGUGUCUUAAAAAAGAAAAGAAAUUCAAGUAGACCUAGUACAGGGUUUUAA